GGAGGAGCGAGAAACGUGAUUAAACUCUCACAUUAGUUUGUUCCGUCUCACAGAUUAAUUUACUUUUUCGUACGCAGAAACCUCAAGUUUGACGUUGGACCGCUCGUAUAAAGUCAAGACAGUCCGUGUGGGAACAUGAAACCUCAAGUUUGACGUUGGACCGCUCGUAUAAAGUCAAGACAGUCCGUGUGGGAACAUGCCUCCUCGGAAGAAGAAGUCGUUCAUCGAGAAGAAGAAGGCGGUGACCUUUCACCUGGUCCACAGGAGUCAGAGAGACCCCCUGGCUGCAGAUGAGACGGCGCCGCAGCGCGUCCUCCUGCCCGCCGCCAAGGCGGAGAAGCGGCAAGAGGAACAGAGGAGCUAUGGCGUCUUUUUCGACGACGACUACGACUACCUGCAGCACCUGAAGGAGCCCACCUGCCAGGCGGAGCUGGUGGCCGCUGUCGCCUCCCCUCAGGUCCACCGCCAGGAUGACGAAGGCGACGCGGACACGGGCGCACCCGCCGCCAGCAUCAUGCUGCCGUCGUCCGUGUUCGCCUCCGACUUUGAAGAAGAGGUGGGACUCCUCAACAAGGCGGCGCCGACCUCAGGUCCGCGUCUGGACAUGGACCCCGACAUUGUGGCCGCUCUGGACGACGACUUUGACUACGACGACCCCGAGAACGAGCUAGAAGACGACUUUGUCGUCCAAGCCAACAACGCCAGCGCCGCCGUGGAGCUCAGCGAUGAAGACGAGGAGUGGGAGGACACGGACGAUGAUGAGGAUUCUGACUCGGAGGGCGGGCUCUCGGAAGACGGCGGCCCUCGCGAGCAUCUCUUCCUGGACGAGGAGACGAAGAGCCGCUUCACCGAGUACUCGCUGACGUCGUCGGUGAUGAGGAGGAGCGAGCAGCUCACUCUGCUGGACGACCGCUUCGAGCAGAUGUACCAACAGUACGACGACGACGAGAUCGGCGCUCUGGACAACGCCGAGCUGGAAGGAUUCAUCCAGCCGGACAGCGCUCGCCUGGAGGAAGUCCUCAAGGACUACUUUGUCCAGAAAGCCAAAGACUAUUUGAGGCCCGACGACUUGGGCCCCAAAGAACUUCCUGUCCUGCAGGAGGAGGGCGAUGACGAGGAGGAGAUGGAGACCUUGGUCAUCUCGGCGCCAGAAGACAAGUGGGACUGCGAGACCAUCAUCAGCACCUACUCCAACAUCUACAACAGACCCAAAGUCAUCCAGCUUCCCCCGAAGGUGAAGCCCAUCCGAGUGUCCGCCAGGACGGGCGUCCCCCUGGACGUCCUCCCCGCCAGAGAGCCCAGCGCCAAGCAGGUGGAGCGCAUGAGCCGGAUCAACGACUCGGACCUGCCCCGGGUCUCCACUCAGCCCCGCCUCAAAGACGAGAGCACGGACGAGAGAAAAGCCCGGAAGCAGGCCAUCAAGGAAGAGCGCAAGGAGAGGCGAGUGGAGAAGAAGGCCAACCAGAUGGCGUUCAAGGAGGAGAAGGUGCGCCAGGAGAAGCAGAUGUUGAACCUGAGGAACAACGUCCAAGGUCUCAAGCUGUCCUAAGACGUCUCAGAUCUGGUACAAAAAAAACCAAAAAAAAACCUGCACCACUUUUGACCGCACGGGCAAGAACUGUAGAAACUCGUGGCGGUGGUGGUGUGGCUGCUGAGCACACCAGCAUAAUAAAAACCCUCAUUUUAU